AUGGCGAGAAGGCUGGAAGCAAAGCCCGGACGCCUAGAGUGCAGAUACGAACCUCGGCACAUCCGCUCCAAGCGCAGUCUGCAGGCUGAGCUCGAUGUCCUCAAGGCUGCGCAACGCCAGAAAGAUGCCGUAAUUGCGGCGCUGUCACUCCCAAGCCAGAGCAUGGAGGUGCUCCAACGACUGUGGACAGGCGAGCCGAUUGAGAGUAUCUACGAGACUCUCGGGUGUCGUGAGGUGUUGCACUCAUCCGAAGCUUCAAACCACGCCUCAGACGUAGUCCAAGGUUCCACUGCCCCGGACCAGCCACCGACGAACGCGUUCAGUGCCUCAUCUUCGUCUACGCCCACCCAGACGUGGUCUAGCUCCCAGCCAGCUGUGGAGCAGACAGAAAUUGCCAUGGGCCAGAACACGGGAACCGGCCACCAUGGAGGAGAAAUGGACUGCGAUGAACACGUCGCAUCGGAGUAUUCCAACGAACAGGUCGGAGGCUCGAUGCUCGACUACAGCGGUUUCAUGAACUUAACUUGCAAUGGGGCCUUCAAUCACUUUGGAGUCGGAGCUCCCAACUACGACCCAAACAUCCCUUUCGGCGACUCCACACAUGUUCAGCAGUGUGAUGCCAACAUACACCACUUUGAGAACGUCUCAUUUCCCAACGAUCCCGAGUACCUGAGAAAAUCCUCGAGCAGCACUCAGAGCAGCCAAACGAGCUUCUCAAACGGGUCAUCCAUUGAGUCCAUGCUUUGGCCAGGCUCUGAAGACGGGUUUCCCCCGUCGAGCGACCCUGCACAUAUGCGCCCUGGCCUGUCGCCAAUUGCAUCACCGAUAACGAUUAGUUCGACCGAGUCUCGCCCUGCCUCCCGCGAAGCAGUUUGUAAAAGCCCGGCGAAGAACCCGUUUCGGUCACCAAGAAAGCAGAGAACCAACAGCGAGGUUCCUUUCCGACCUCGCACGAGAAAGCGGAGUCUCAACGAGGAAGCCCCCUUCUCAAGAUCACCAAGCUUCACAGAGGACGAUACGCAGACGUCGAGAGAGCAGAGCGUGUACCCUUCAGACUCGUCACAGUCUCGCAAACGGCACCGCACGGCCUCGGCGCGCAGUUACAAGAAGCAAAAGGACCAGAUUGAAUUCAUGAAGGCGGUCAAGUUGGAUGUCGAAAUCCGCAACGAGGAGCUGAAGAAGGAGCAUGCGGAGCUGUGGCACCAAGUGCUAGCGAUCAAGAACGCGCUCAUGGGCCACGCUGAUUGCAAACACCCAACAAUCAACGCCUGGCUACAGGCAGAAGCUGCUGACUUCGUUCGUGACGGCGUCAAUAGCCAUAGUCGCAAGGCGGGAACAUGGCCGGUCGGCCAGUAG